UCCAAACCUAAAUACGAGAAUUAAAACUUUAAAAUUCUAAAGCAGUAAGAAAAAUGAAGAAGUUUGUUUUAUUCGUUUUCAUCAUUGCAAUGGCAAUUGCAAUGUGUUCAUCAUUCAGCAUUGGAGACUCAACUGAGUCAGAAGAUCCAAUGCGAUCAAGCCGGGGAAUUGCGUGUACUUCGAAGUGGGUUCCCUUUUCUCUGAGAAACGCUGCUUGCAACACUUGGUGUAUGAAAGCUUUGAAAAGACCAGGCGGAUAUUGCAGUUCAAAACUGGUUUGUACUUGCUACAAACCCAAAUAAUAAAAAUAUUCACAAUGAAGCUUAAAACUUUGGUAGCAUAAAAAAAGUUGUAGAAACUUUCAAAGAAUCGAAGAAUAAAGCACAUGAAAUAUUAAAUAAUUAAAAUAAAUUUUUUUUAAUAU